GGCGGCGCCCCGAGGCCCCGCCCCAAGGUGCAGGCGCCACAGGGCGGGGCGCGGAGUCCCAGUGCGACGCCACGGCCGGUCGGGUCCCCGCAGGACUCGCAGCAGCCGGAGUUUGGGACGCACCGUCGCUAGUGGCGUAGGCAAGUUUCGAGGCCGGGGCCAGGUCCCAGCGGCUGAGGUUCCCCCUCAGCCCUUGAGCUGCCAUGUCCAACCCCACUGCCCCCCCUCCGUAUGAAGACCGCAACCCCCUAUACCCUGGCCCUCCACCCCCAGGGGGCUAUGGGCAGCCAUCUGUGCUGCCAGGUGGGUACCCCGCCUACCCUCCCUACCCACAGCCUGGCUACGGUCACCCUGCUGGCUACCCGCAGCCCAUGCCCCCCGUCCACCCGAUGCCCAUGAAUUAUGGCCCAGGCCAGGGCUAUGAUGGAGAGGAAAGAGCAGUGAGUGACAGCUUUGGGCCUGGAGAGUGGGAUGACCGGAAAGUCCGACAUGCCUUCAUCCGCAAGGUUUACAGCAUCAUCUCCGUGCAGCUGCUCGUCACAGUGGCCAUCAUUGCUGUCUUCACCUUUGUGGAACCUGUCGGCAAGUUCGUGAGGAAAAACGUGGCUGUGUAUUAUGCAUCCUAUGUCGUCUUCCUUGUCACCUACCUGGUCCUUGCCUGCUGCCAGGGGCCCAGACGCCGGUUCCCAUGGAACAUUAUCCUGCUGAGCAUCUUCACUCUGGCCAUGGGCUUCAUGACGGGCACCAUUUCCAGUAUGUACGAAACCAGAGCCGUCAUCAUCGCUGCGAUCAUCACUGCCGUGGUGUCCAUCUCUGUCACCAUCUUCUGCUUUCAGACUAAGGUGGACUUCACCUCAUGUGCAGGCCUCUUUUGUGUCCUGGGAAUUGUACUCAUGGUGACUGGGAUUGUCACUAGCAUUGUGCUGUGCUUCAAAUAUAUUUACUGGCUUCACAUGGUCUACGCUGCUAUUGGGGCCAUUUGUUUCACUCUGUUCCUGGCUUAUGACACACAGCUGGUCCUGGGGAACCGGAAGCACACCAUCAGCCCUGAGGACUACAUCACAGGUGCCCUGCAGAUCUACACAGACAUUGUCUACAUCUUCACCUUUGUGCUGCAGCUGGUGGGGGAUCGCAACUGAGGAGCACCCUGGUUCCACCCACCCUGAGUUCUCCCUUCUCUAGAGGCCUGGGCUUGACACCCCUUUCCUUCCCCUCAAGUAAUAUGCCCAGUUUCCUUUAGUCGUGAGGCCAGGUGGCCUCUACUGCUGGACUGGAGGAGCAGAGAACUCUUGCCAUUGGUGGGCCUGCCGGGGACCAGCCUGAGGGCGUGCCUUCUUCCCUCUGCCCAUGGCAUGGCAUCAAAGUCUUGCAGUGUGGUGUGUGAAAGGAGCCUGGUCUUUAGCUGAAAGGGACUGUGAGUGGCAGAAGUGUGAAGCACUGCCCUUCCCACCUUGUCAUGGGCUUCUAGACUAGGGAACUGGAGCAGUUUCCCUCCUGAACCCAGAGCCACACAGCUUGUGCCCAGUUCGUGGAUUAGGGGGCCAUUAUCCUACAUUCCUUGGGCUUGGCACCUUUCAGCCAGGAAGGUAGAAGAGGUCUCCCCACUUGACCCCCAUUUGUUUCAGUAACACAUGUAUGUUGCUUAUCUGGCUGUGGGUGGGGGAGGAAGAAUGAACACAUAAAGUAUAGGGGCAGAGCAUCUGCCCUGGGCUUGCUGCAGGCUCGGAUGGUACAGAGCAGGCUACUGGAGCCACCUGGUCCAUUCUCCAAAGCUGCCUGUGGUCUGCCUCGGGGCUUCUGAUUGCUGCUCAGAAGCUCUUGCUUUCUCUGCUUAGGUGCUUGGAGCAGAACGUGAAGGGCAACAGUUAAGAAACAGGGUGGUUUGUAGGCUCAUGAGUGUGGUAGGAAGGAGCAAAGCUGAGAUGGGGGUCGGGGCAGAGAAAAAGCCUUAAAGUCUCCCAACUGCUCUGAGAAACUCUGAACUCCAAGAAAACUUCUGUGUCUUUUCCUUCUGGCAGCCUAGGAAGGGCCCUGCACAAGAGGUGACUCUGUCUGAGUCUGUUCUGAACUCAAGGCUGGGGGAUUUUCAGCACCAGCCCUGCCUCUCCAGCCAACCACUGCCUUCUUUGUAAUAUAAAUGCCUCUGCUGGAGUCCGGGAGGGGACAGGGUCAGUGUAUUGGGUGGAAAUUAGGUCAGCCCAAAGUGUAAUUAUGCCUUCUCUACUGACCCUAAAUAUAUCACACAAAGGGACACAGCUAGUAAUAUAAUAAAGUUUUAUGUUUAGAAGUUCAA